UAAGCAUAUUUAAUAUAUAGAAAAAGAAAUUUUUUUCAAUUCCAAAAAAAAAAGAACACAAGCCAAAAAAAUAAAAAUUAUCCCUUAAUUUGAAUUUUAGAUAAAUACAUAAAGAGAUUCACUUUUGCUGUUUUACUAUUCUUUUGGUCUGUUUCUUUCUUCAUCCUAUUAUAUACUUCAUUACCAUCUCAUCAACUAAUCAACAAUUUAUUGGGAUCAAUUUUUAAUUCAUCUAACCCUAUUCCAACUAUCAAUCCCAUCGUCAACUCACAAAUUUUUAGAUCUUGAAUAUUUUUUCUUGACCAAAUAAAGAAAUUUGCAAUCCAACAAAUAUAAAUAUAUUUAUCAAAAUUAUUUAUUAGAUUAUAUAUCACUUUCUUCAUAUAACAUAUUAUAUUAUAUUAUAAACAAUGGCUAGUGUUGACUCAGAACAAGUCGAUGUCGUUGAUAUCACUUCUCUUAAUGCCUUAGCCGCAGGAACCAAUAAAAAGACUCCUAGAAUUGUAGCUGCCGGUUUAGGUGGUAGAUUAAUGGGUACUGCCGAUUUAGUUAAGGUUACUGCUGAACAAAUUACUCAAGAUUCUUUAGAAUCCUUAGCUGAAAAAGAUGAAAGAGAAAGAAAGAAGUAUUCUAAAGUCAAACAUAUCAGUGAACAACCAUGGACUCUUUCUAAUUUCCAUAAACAUAUUAAUUGGUUAAAUAUGAUUUUAGUGGUGGCUAUCCCACUUUAUGGUCUUUACAAUGCUGUAUAUUAUCCUCCACAAUUGAAAACAUUAAUAUUGGCCUUUGUCCUUUAUGUUUUCAGUGGUGUCUCAAUUACUGCUGGUUACCAUCGUUUAUUUGCCCAUAAAGCUUAUGAUGCUCAUCUUGUUUGUAAGUUAUUCUUUGCUUUCUUUGGUGCUGGUGCCAUUGAAGGUAGUAUUAAAUGGUGGUCUCAUAGUCACAGAAUUCAUCAUAGAUAUACCGAUACUCCAAGAGAUCCAUAUGAUGCUAGACAAGGGUUUUGGUUUUCUCAUAUGGGUUGGAUGUUAUCUAAAGCUAACCCAAAGAACAGAGCUAGAGCUGAUAUUAGUGAUUUAACCUCUGACCAGAUUGUUGUUUUCCAACAUCGUCAUUAUUUACUUAUUAUGGUCACUGCCGCCUUUAUUUUCCCAGUCUUAGUUGCUGGUUUAGGUUGGGGUGAUUACUGGGGUGGUUUCAUUUAUGCAGGUAUACUCAAGACUAGUUUUAUUCAACAAGCAACUUUCUGUGUUAACUCUUUAGCUCAUUGGAUUGGUGUCCAACCAUUUGAUGACAGAAGAACUCCAAGAGAUCACGUUAUUACAGCUUUUGUUACUUUUGGUGAAGGUUACCAUAACUUCCAUCAUGAAUUCCCAUCUGAUUAUAGAAAUGCUCUUAAAUGGUACCAAUACGAUCCAACUAAGAUUGUCAUUUAUAUUCUUUCUAAAUUAGGUUUAGCUUGGAACUUACAUACUUUCAGUCAAAAUGCCAUUGAACAAGGUUUAUUACAACAACAACAAAAGAAAUUAGACAGAUUGAAGAAGAAGUUAGACUGGGGUACUCCAGUUGACGAAUUACCUGUAUGGACCAGAGAAGAGUUUAAUAAGCGUGCCAAAGAAGAAGGUCUUAUUAUUAUUUCUGGUAUGAUUCAUAACGUCAAGAAGUUCAUUAAGGAACAUCCAGGUGGUCAGCCAUUGGUUAAAGCUUCUAUUGGUAAAGAUGCCACUAAAGCUUUCAAUGGAGCUGUUUAUGCUCAUUCUAAUGCUGCUCAUAAUUUAUUAGCUACAAUGAGAGUCGCUGUACUUUCUGAAGGUGAAAUCAAUGCUAAUACUUUUGAACUUCAAAACCAAAUGAUGGAAAAGGAAAAGCAAGCUUAAAGUUCAUAAUUUUUGCUAACCCUUUCCAGAGUUUUUCUUACGUUAUAUUCUUUCAACACUUGUUUACGAUUCCUGGGAUUUUGAAAAAUUUAUUAUUGCAAUUUUUGUUGUAAUUAUAUUAUUAUUAUUAUCAUUAAAACAUAUUUUAAAACAUCUAUCUAUUAGUUUGCUCUAUUUUUUUCCAUAGUUUAGUAUUAUAAU